AUGGUGGGUGAAAAAGUUGAGAAGCUGGAUACUAAAGAGAAGAAACCUGAAGGCAAGAAGGCUGAUGCUGGUGGCAAAGUGAAAAAGGGUAACCUCAAGGCUAAAAAGCCCAAGAAGGGGAAGCCCCAUUGCAGCUGCAAUCCUGUCCUUGUCAGAGGAAUUGGCAGGUACUCCCGAUCUGCCAUGUAUUCCAGAAAGGCCAUGUACAAGAGGAAGUACUCAGCCACUGAAUCCAAGGUUGAAAAGAAAAAGAAGGAGAAGAUUCUUGCAACUGUUAUAAAACCAGUUGGUGGUGACAAGAACAGCGGUAUCCUGGUGGUCAAAUUUUGCAAAAUGCCUAGGCAUUGUCCUACGGAAGAGGUGCCUCGAAAGCUAUUGAGCCAGGGCAAAAAAAAAAAAAAAAAAAAAAAAAAAAAAAAAACCUUCAGUCAGAACGUGAGAAAACUGCAAGCCAGCAUCACCCCCAGGACCGUUCUGAUCAUCCACACUGGGCACGACAGGGGCAAAAGGGGGGUUUUCCUGAGGCAGCUGGCUAGGGGCGUGUUACUUGUGACUGGACCUCUGGUCCUCAGUCGAGUUCCUCUACGAAGAACGCACCGGAAAUUUGUCAUUGCCACCUCAGCCAAAAUUGAUAUCAGCAAUGUAAAACUCCCAAAACAUCUUACUGAUGCUUACUUCAAGAAGAAGCAGCUGCGGAUGCCCAGACACCAGGAAGGCGAGAUCUUUGACACAGAAAAAGAGAAAUACAAGAUUACAGAGCAGUGCAAGAUUGAUCAGAAAGCUGUGGACUCAUAUUUCAUGAAAAAUCAAAACUAUUCCUCAGCUCCGAGUCUACCUGCAAUCUGUUUGCCGUGA